UAAAAAUUAAGUUUGACAUUGUCAUAAUAUUGAUAUCGGAUCCUGAAUAAAAAUUUAUAUACAAAAAUGCAGUCUAGUUGAUUUCUAUAAGUUUUCCCAUUGCAUUCGGUUAACCUCAUACUUUCAGUUACUUAAUGUAGCCAUAUAAAACACCCGGGUUUUCAACUCGGCAAACGCGUUCACAUUGUGAUUAAUUAAUUUUUGAGAUGUCGUCUACUGCUGAACCGAAAUUAUCUAAAUUAGACCAUCGGCUACAGGCUGCCAUCAGUGGACGACGUUUUUAUGAAGCUCAUCAGUUAUACAAAACAAUACACUUCCGUUGUAUUAUGCGAAAAAACUAUCAAGAAGCAUUAAAAUAUCUUAAAUCUGGUUCUGAAUUUCUACUUGAUAAUGAACAAUGGGAAAGUGGGACAGAAUUAGCCUGCCUUGUCCUAGAUGUAUACAGUCAAAGUGGAUCCCUUCUAACUGAAUCACAUUUGGCCGAAGUGUGUGAACUAUUAAUCCGAAUGACACCUGGUGAAGAAAGAACGCGAUUUAUCAGUAAAGCACUACAAUUACUUCAAAAACAAAAAGAUCUCUUGGCUAGUUUCAAUGGUUAUUUAGCUCGUGUCUUAUGGCAAGAAGGAUCAUUUAGUGAGGCAAGACUACGCAUUAUGCUAUCAUCGAAUGGUUAUGCAGCUGGUAGUUUUCUUGUCGCAUUACACCAACGCUAUGGAUUACGAUCAGAGAUUGAUUUGUUUAUUGCACAAGCUGUUCUACAAUUUCUUUGCAUGAAACAGACCACUGUAGCGAUUAUUACAUUUUACACCUAUACAAGAGGACAUCCUCGAUUAGAGCCGGGACCACCGUUUACACACUUUCCAUUACUUAAUUUUCUAUGGUUUCUUAUGUUAGCCAUUGAAAAGAAGUGUAGUCUAGCGGUGUUUUCUGUCCUGUGUGAAAAAUACAGUCCACAGUUGAAUAGAGAUUCAUCGUAUGUAAAGUAUUUAGAUAAAAUUGGUCAAUUAUACUUUGGUGUAAAACCGCCAACCAAUGAAAUGAAUAAUUUUUUCUCACGAAUUAUGCAAAUGUUUAAUGAUGGUGGUGAUAAACUCGACGAUUCAAUGCUAAAUGAAGGGUCAAGUUGUUAUGCUGCAUUAAAUAAUAUCAAUGAUGUAAAUUCAUCACCGGAUGAAAUGUGUUUUGAAGAUGUGGAUUAAGCACCUCUCUUCUCUGUCUUUAUUUAUUCCUAUCUAGUUAAUACACAGUGCCUUUCAGUUAACAAUGGAUAACAUAUAUAUGCAACAGCAUCUCGUUUCCUUUCUUUUUUGUAUAACUGGAUGAAGUGAUUACACACAACUCGACCUUCUCCUAUAUGCCUACUUUCUUUAUUGGCGAUAAUAGACGCGCGGCGAGAGUGGCCGGAGGAGGUCAACUUGUCUUGUUUCAAGGUUGUGUUUCUGUAAACUGACCGAUACAUGAAUAUCCUGUGGGUUUACUCUCUUCUUCUUAUUAUUAUUCUAAUGGGCAUUGAAUGCAUCAAAAAACCCUAAUCUUUAUGUUCAAUUCUAUUCUUUUCUUCAAUUCCCUUUGCCUCUUAUUCCUCUUUCUUCUUGUCUUGUCUUUUUUUCUGUCAUAUUUCUCUUUCGAAAAGCAAAAUGCACAAAAUGUUUUCUUGUCUACUACUUUAAAUAAAUUGAAUUGUGUACAGAUUUUGUAUUAUGGUUUUAAAUUUUGUUGGUUUGUGUGUGUUUGUGUGUUCGUGUGGUGCAACUGUUGUAUACAAUUUUUCUAUUGAGCACUGUCAACGUGUCGAAUAGUGUUAGCUGACACUUAUGGUUGGGUUGGGAAAGGAGAUAAGGCCGGUCAGACCAGAUCAAUGUUUUGGACUGUUGGUUUGAGCCAGCU